GCUAUCGUCACAACGCCAUGACAAUAGUUGUGACAAGAGCCCAGCAUCGUAUCAGCUGAUGGUGUUUAAGGUUAUCCGCGUUCCCCGAUAAAUCAAUCAUCCGCAGUUUUUUGUUGAAUAAAAAGAGGUGGCCGGUGGCCUUUGUCGGUCUGUAAUUCACCAUAUUCCAACAAUAAUGGCAGGCCAUAACUAUUUGAGUGAUCCGAAAAACCCCUUCUUCGCUCUGGAAGAUGACAUUGAUGACGAUACAUUUUUGCGGAGUGCUCCACCGAGAUCGCAACCUUCAUCUAGCAACUACUCGCCGUAUAAUAAUUACAAUAAUUACAAUAAUGAUCUUGAACAACAACGGGACCAAUUAAUGGAACGCAAAAAAGCCAUCGAACAACGAACGAUUCAGUCCUCUGAAAGAUCUAUUUCCUUACUGAGGGAUUCGGAACAAAUUGGUGCAGCCACUGCUGAGGAACUGCUUAGGCAACGAGAACAGUUGGAGAAAACAGAGAAACGUUUAGAUGAUAUCACUAGCACCCUGCGAUUUAGCCAGAAGCAUAUUCAAGGAAUAAAAAGUGUGUUUGGUAGCCUAAAGAAUUACCUCAGUGGUAAAUCUAUGGAGGGUCCACCACCGACUAGUGCUAAUUUGAAACUACCAGAGUCCACUAGUUCGGGAUCAUUGUCAUCAUCACCCUUAUCCGAUUCGAUUGAUCGAGCAAAAGCUAAUGUUUCCACAAAUCAUCCGGCGCUACGUGUUCGAGGAUUGUUGGAUGAAGAAGAACCCCCUAGAUUGGAAAAUAAUGUCAGUGCUAUUUUAGAAAAGAAUUUAGAUGAAAUGAGUGGGUCUCUAGCAAGGUUAAAGGGUCUGGCAGUAGGAUUAACUGAAGAAAUAGAUUCUCAAAAUGAUCUAAUCGAUACUGUCAUGGAGAAAACAGAGAAAGCAGACAUUACCAUUGAAAGGCAGAAUAAGGAUAUGAAACGCUUGCUUAAAAAGUGAGUUUUUCUCGAGAAAAAGAACAGAGAAUAUUAUAACUAUUAGAUUAAGGGCAAGGAAAAAGUUGAUACUGAACUUUGCCGGUGUGAGCAUGAUAUUAUGUUCGUCGAUGUAGAAUACUUGUGAAUUGUUGAUUAAACUCAUAUAUCUAAUCUCCAGCAGUCUUCUGUUAAUAUAAAAAUGAGUGAACGUAUAUAACCAGUUGUCAUAAUAGGAGAGCAUUAUGUAGUGAAAAGUCACAUGCAAUUAUGUUCAUGUAUCAUGGAUUGAUUACGCGCAAUCACCAUGCAUUCAUACGUACGCGUGUAAGAAUGCCGAAUCGUUCGUAAGUUAGAAUAUUUGACUCUGAUCUUUUAUGCUCAUUUUUAGAUCAGGGACCUGAAUCGUUGUACACAUUAUUUUGAUCAAGUGUAGGUAUCAAAUCUUUCAAAGUGUAUCUGGGCAUGACCCUUGAAAAUAGCAGAGUCAUCGAUUCCUAUUUGCUCUAACAUUGACACUAAUUAUAACUACAAUAGAUAUCGAAUUCGCUACCAGAUCCGCGAUUCAUUAAGCCUGCGACAUGGACUUAUGAAAUUUUAUACGGGGCGUCGGUAUUCAUUUUUCCGAUAAACCAAACGGUUUGAUUCGUGUGCUGCCACUUUCUAAUAGAAGAAGCAAGACUGAGAGUAAAAUGAAGCUUUACCCCCAAAAAAUUAACAUUUUUACAGACUUUAGUGGGAAAAUACCAUUAUAAAAUCGACUCGCUAACAUCCGUGCUUCAUCACUUUACAGCAAAUCAAGUGCGCAUUCCUGAUAAAGACUCCGGAUUUCUCCAGUUCGUGAUCCUCGAAUUUUUUUCUUCAUUCAUUUAGCCGCCGUUAAACAACGAUCUGUGUGAUAAGGAUUGUGGAAAAUUUAUCAUACCUUACCUUAUGAAUUACCGGAAAAAAUGGAAUAGUAUUGACAUUCAGAAUCUCUUGAAUACCGAGAACAAGUCAUCCAUAUAUUCCAUGCUCUGGAAUCAUUUUAAAUUGAAGGGAAUUCAAGAUUCGUUUUGAUUCAUUUUUGUGAAAUCUGAAUCGUUUUACCUCUCCGUUAAAAGAAUUGUAUCUCGAUUUAAUUCAGAAGUCGGGCAUCCAGUGAUAAGUUUAAUCUUCACAGGUGGGGUCAUAUUUAUACUCGAAGAGUAUACACAAUCGUGGUUAGUAUACAGGUAUGAUUAAGAAACAGUUUGUAAAGACAAUUGUAAAUUUGUAAUCUUUUUCCAAUCGAAUAAAUUUCUACAUAUUUAUGUGUGCAAUAUACAUAUACAAA